CUCCCCUUAGGAAACGUUUUCUGCUGAAGGGUUCAAGAACCCCACGGUUCUUUGUUCGUCUCUCCAUAUCUUGUUUGUGCAAGUCGCAUCGGUUGACGGUUCCGCCUCUAAACAUCUUGAUUCACGGUUGGCAAUCUUGCAUGCAUUUAUUUCUCUAAUACAUUUUUGUACUACCCAAGCCUAGCUAAGUGCUUAGUUUCUUUUGGGAUUGAUAUUUAGUCAUUCUAAAUAUGGAGCAGUCUGAUACGAGACGUGGCAAAAGUGUCGAGAUUAGGGAUCAGGACGACUCUCCAAUGGGUGAGAGGUGGAAGGGAGGAUAUGAUCAUGAUGGCAAUGAUAAAUCACGAGACCCAAAGCAUCGUAGUAAGGAGAAAAGUAGGAGUAGUCGAAGAGAAGACAAGGAUCACAGAAGUAGAGAUCGAGAGAAGGCAAAAAUCACUGAUGCUUCAAAAGAGAGAGACAAAGAGUCUAAAGGUUAUGUGAAAGAUCAUAAUAGAGACCGACGAAAGGAAGAUGGAGAUGAUCGUGAAAAGGAUAGGACUAGAGAUAAGGUUAAAGAAAAUGAUAGGGAAAAAUACAGAGAUAAGGAUCGGGGCAAGCAUAAAGAUCGUGAAAAGGAGGUAGAGAAAGAUAGUGAGCUAGGGCAGGAUAAGGAGAGGGGAAAAGAGAAGAGCAGGGACAGAGAAAGGGGAACUGACAAAGGGAAAGAGAGGACAAGGGAAAAGGAGAGGGAUAAAAACAAAGAUAGGGAGAAAGAGAGAGAAACUCAUGCGGACAGGGACAGAGAGAAAACUAGAGAAAGGGUGAGGGAUGGAGAUCAUGAUAAAGAUAGGUCCACAGGGAGAGAGAAAGUGAGCGGGAAGCAACAUGACGACGAUCAUGGUGGAAGUAAAGAUCUGGGUAAGGAGGACAAGCUAAAUUCAGAUUCUGAGGAUGGUCAGUACAGGGAUACAAGUAAGCAUGGUAUAGGUUCUCACCGUGACAAAGAUGCCACUAAAAUUCUUAAGCAUGAAGCCGAUGCUGAAGGUGAAUAUGCAGGAUCUCAGCAGUCUGCAUCUGAACUUCAAGAUCGAAUUAUGAGGAUGAAGGAAGAACGAUUGAAAAAAAAGUCAGAAGGCGCUUCUGAUGUAUUAUCGUGGGUUAGUAAAAGCCGAAAGCUUGAGGAUAGGAGGAAUGCUGAAAAGGAGAAAGCAUUGCAACGCUCAAAGAUGUUUGAGGAGCAGGACAAUGUCACUCAAGGAGAGGAUGAAGAUGAAGUGGCAGCUUGUCCGCAUACAUCUCAUGACCUUGCUGGGUUUAAAGUUCUUCAUGGCCUUGACAAGGUGAUUGAAGGUGGCACAGUUGUUUUGACACUGAAAGAUCAGAGCAUACUCGCUGCUGGUGACAUCAACCAAGAGAUUGAUAUGCUUGAAAAUGUGGAGAUCGGUGAACAAAAGCGGAGAAAUGAGGCUUACAAGGCGGCAAAAAAGAAAUCUGGAGUUUAUGAUGAUAAGUUUAAUGAAGAGCCUGGAAUUGAAAAGAUUAUGCUUCCACAAUAUGAUGAUCCUGUUGUGGAUGAGGGUGUAACUCUUGAUGAAAGAGGGAGCUUUGGUGGUGAAGCUGAGAAAAAAUUGGAGGAGCUCCGGAGAAGGAUAGAUGGUGCGUCUGUGAACACUCGCUUUGAAGAUCUUACCUCAUCUGGGAAGGUCUCAACAGACUAUUAUACUAGUGAAGAGAUGCUAAGAUUUAAAAAGCCCAAGAAAAAGAAAGCACUGAGGAAAAAAGAUAAGUUGGAUAUUGACGCACUUGAGGCAGAAGCUCGGUCUGCAGGGUUAGGUACUGGAGACCUUGGUUCACGAGCUGAUGGAAAAAGGCAGGCCCUUAAAGAGGAACAAGAAAGAUCUGAGGCUGAAAAGAGAAGCAACGCAUUCCAGUCUGCAUAUGUCAAGGCAGAUGAAGCAUCUAAAGCACUGCGAAUGGAACAGACUGUUAGUCUUCAAAAGGAGGAUGAAGAUAAUCUAGUAUUUGGCGAUGAUGAUGAUGAUCUCCAUAAAUCAUUACAAAGGGCAAGAAAAGUAGCUCUUAAGAGGCAAGAUGAUGGAACAUCGUCUGGGAUCCAGUCAAUUGCUGUACUUGCUUCUUCCACUACUAAGAACUCAGAUGCAGACUCUGGGAACCGAGUAUCUGGAGAGUCACAAGAAAACAAGGUUGUUUUCACAGAGAUGGAGGAGUUUGUAUGGGGUCUUCAGCUUGAUGAAGAAGCUCAUGACCCUGAUGCUGAAGAUGUUUUUAUGGAGGAGGAUGUAGCACCGGCAUCAUCAGAUCAAGAACAAAAAGGUAAAGAUGGUGGCUGGGAAGAGGUGAAAGAUAUUGUUCAGGAUGAAAAGAUGGCAGAUGAGGAGGAAGAGGUCAAACCAGAUAAAACAAUUCACGAGAAUGCACUUGGAAAAGGGUUAUCUGGUGCACUCCAGCUACUUAAGGACCGGGGCACUCUUAAAGAUACAGUGGAAUGGGGUGGCCGAAAUAUGGACAAGAAAAAGAGUAAGCUUGUUGGCCUUGUUAACGAUAAUGAUGAUAAAAAGGAGAUACGUAUUGAGAGGACAGAUGAAUAUGGAAGAAUUUUGACUCCUAAGGAGGCCUUUAGGCUGAUUUCACAUAAAUUCCAUGGGAAGGGACCUGGCAAAAUGAAACAAGAAAAGCGUAUGCGACAAUAUCACGAGGAGCUGAAGGUGAAGCAAAUGAAAAAUUCAGACACACCGUCAUUUACUGUCGAGAGAAUGAGGGAAGCUCAAUCUAGGAUGAAGACACCUUAUCUUGUUCUCAGUGGCCACGUCAAACCAGGGCAAACAAGUGAUCCUAGAAGUGGUUUUGCUACAAUGGAGGACUUCCCUGGGAGCUUGACACCCAUGCUUGGUGACAGAAAGGUUGAACACUUCUUGGGUAUAAAGCGGAAAUCUGAGCCUGGCAAUAUGGGACCGCCAAAGAAGCCUAAAACCUGAAUCAUUUGUUAAAAUACUAGCCAAGGUACCAGAUACGCAGAAAAUAGUUGAAGGUUUGAGUUGGUUUAGGUUGUAAGCCAAGCAUCAAACAUAUUGAACGAUCGCAUUAAGACAUGUUCUACCUUUGCGAUUUUGUUGCUUUUUCAUUGGGCGAAAUACAAUAUCGAACGGCAUCAUAUAAGGCAUCGAGAAAUGGCAAGCAACCGAUGUGAAGAAUUCGAUUGCAGACUUGUUUUGAGAAGUUUCUCUUUAAGGUUUGCAAAGCCAAAAGUUUGUUCAAAGAGCCAUAGAUGACUUGGUUUUUUUUUUGUAACCAAUGUAUCAGAAUAUUGGCUGAUUAUGAAUACAUUUCUAUUUUCGUAGUUGUGCUUUUGAAAUUAUGAUUUUUCU